UCUCAUUUCCUCUAUCCCAAACUCAUAUUUUCAUCAGUUACAAACUCCAGUAGACAAUCCGACACCAUGGAUACCGAAGCCAGCCAAGCAGGCCUCCUCACCACAAUCUACCGUAAGCUUAUCACAGGCAGCCACAUCUUGCACUACCACAACGUCCUAGACGCCUAUGGCCACCUCUCCUGCCGGCACCCCUUCAAACCCGACCUCUUCAUCAUGUCGCGCGAAUCCGCACCGGCCAUCAUUUCCUCGCCCGCGGAUCUAGUGCACUACCACAUCUCCGACGCCUCGCCUGUGGAUCCCAACUCCCCCAAGGGCUUUUCGGAGCGCCACAUCCACAGUGAAAUCUACAAAGCGUACCCGUCUCUUCAGAGCGUAAUCCACAGCCACACCGACUCCGUGAUCCCUUAUACCAUUACGGGUAUCCCUCUGCGGCCCUGCAGCCACAUGGCCGGGUUCCUAGGCCACUGGGCGCCAGUAUUCGACAUCGCGUCUGCGUACCAGCCCUCCGACGCAAAGGACAUGUUGGUCCGGAAUGAGCACCUGGGCGCUGCUCUGGCAAAGUGUUUCGAGUAUAAUCAAACCGUCGUUCUGAUGCGGGGACACGGGUUCACGGUUGUGACGGAUAGCAAGGCGAAUGCGGUAGAGGAGUGUGUGAGUAGGGCCGUUUACACGAUGCGGAAUGCGGCCAUCCAGACGGCGGCUUUGACGAUGCAGGCGGCGUAUGCGCGGAGUGAGGGAGAGAAGGCGCUCGUGCAGCCGAUUAAGUAUUUGAGUCCACAGGAGGCUGAGGCGGCUCAGGGGAUGAGUACUUGGUCUGUGGGAAGGCCGUGGGGUUUGUGGGUUAGGGAGGUAGAGGCUUGCGGGUUUUAUAUUAAUUCAGCUUGAUGCCGAGUUGAACUGUUGAACUCUAUUUAUAUAGAGUGGGAGUUCUGGUUUCACAUUUAUUUAGUCCAAAAUUGUUGAAGCCGAAGGUGGGAGUUUAGUUUACGUGCGAACCACAAACUCGCUUAAGAUGUCCUAACAAGGUGAUUGCUGUGAUUAUUAAAGCAAG